GCCACUUUCGGAGAAGCAGAAGAAGAACCGGCUCGUGUUCGUUCGUUGCAGCCUCAGCGUUCGAAGAUGGCCGAAGAAGCUCCUUCGCAGCCCAGCCCUCAAUCAUCGGCUCCAUGCCAAAUUUACCAGCCAUGCCACCAGGAUGAGGCCUUGUCCAGAUCCCCCACAGGCAAAGGAACCAUACUCUUUUGGAAGAACUUUGCCCAUGGUACUGAGCAGGAUGCGUGCCGUACGCCCCAUUUGAGCCCAGGUGUAGCAUCCAUCUCGCAACCUGGAGGAAUCGGCAGUAGUGGCACAAUCCUAUUCAGCAAUGAAAGCGACUACGGCGACACGGACGAUCAUUUGCUGUGCCACACGCCCGACCCCCAGGGGAUGCGGGCAGCCAUCGACCUCAUCAGCCAGAAAAUAGCUCGCGCGCGAGAAUCCAUCAGGGCCGAGCAGACAGCACGAGACGAAAACGUGAAUGAAUACUUGAAGCUCGCCACAAAUGCGGAUCGGCAGCAGAUGCAGCGAAUUAAGAAUAUAUUUGAGAAGAAAAACCAGAAAUCUGCACAGAUGAUAGCACAGCACCAGAAAAAGUUGAAGAACUACAUCAAGCGCAAACGGGACCUUGAAACAUACGGUACUUCUCCACCCUCGUGGCAACCACGAGAUGUGCUGCAGAAUGUUGGCCACAGUCUUAGUGGAAUUGUGGGAAAUAUCAAAGGCGGUCUGUCAGGCCUGGCUUCUGUGGCGCAUUCAUCAACCGACAACAAAUAUCCUUCUGACGAUGACAGCUCAAGCCUAGCAUCCGAAUCAAGUCAAAUCGCACCUUCACAGUGCAUUUCAGUAGGUGUUGCACCUACAGCCACAGCUAGCCCACGGCGUCCUCCAUUGACUAGCGGAGGGACAGGAGGAUGCCCUGUAGCUGGACCGGUUCCGGGGAUGACCGCUGUAGGAGCACCAACCGGUGGAGAAGCCAUCGUUGGUUCCGCAACAUCGGGACCGGCUCUUGCUGUGGGCGGUGGAUUUACCGGUACUCUUGGAACUGACACGGACUUGGAACCAUUCCUGAUAGAACUGAGCGAACGGAAGGAGGAGUGUCAGAGGUUGACGGAAGAGAUUGAGGCUCUCAAGAACCAAAUGCGCCAAGAAUAUACGUGCUUCUCCCAAGCCCUCCAAGAAGAACGAUACCGCUACGAGUUCUUACAAGAGCAGAUGAACGACCUGAUAGAGCUGCAUCAGAACGAAGUACAGAACUUGAAACAGGGAAUUGCAGACAUGGAAGAGAAAGUGCAAUACCAAAGCGAAGAAAGGCUUAGGGAUGUCCAGGAGAUUCUGGAAAGCUGCCAAACUAGAGUUCAACUAGGCGAAAGCUUCGUCAUCACGUGUUUCCUGGACUAUAACGCCGACGUGUCCUGGAUGAAGGACGGCAUUCCUGUGUCAAGAGUUCUUCGUCAGGACGAGUACACGUCAACACAGCACAACUACAAAGGACGCGGGUGGGGCUCCUCUCUGCGAGUUCACAUGGCAAAACUGAUGCACGCUGGUCAGUACCGUUGUACGGAGCACUCUCCGGGUACCCACCCUGUCAAAGUACUGCCAUACGUGCAAGCUACUCAGCGGAUGACGGAGAGCAAGUGCUAUAACCUGAUCAUAAAUGAACCAUUGGAGCUUCGCUGCAACGAAAAUUUCGUCAGGCACAGCUCUCCACACACCGCAACCUGGUACAAGAACAGCCGCCUUUUGACUCCUGACACACGGGUACACGUCACUCCUUUAGGCUUAACCAUCAGCAAAGCCAACGAACAGGACUCUGGUACUUAUACUUGCGGAAACAUCGCAAGUUCCAGAGCAACGUCUUACGGUAGCUACAGGGUGGUUACGCCAAUUCGCAUCGACCCUUUACUGUCUUUCAGUCGACCAAUGGAUGGUAACAGCGUUCAGAUCACAUGCCACAUACACGCUGUUCCUAGGCCUAAAGUUAUCUGGGAAGUCUCUGGAAAGUACGUGCGUGAAGAGACGCCAACGGAACUUGAGCACGGUGUUCACAGAGCUACCUUAUUUCUGCGAAACGUCACGGCGAACGACGGGUAUAUUUACAGCUGCCUUGCGACGUACGUAGGGUGCGAGGACCUCGCAGCCGAACUUUCACUCCAAGCGUACGGAGCGGAAAGUGCGAUAAGGACGAGCGAAGCGUUUCCCGGUACGGGCGUCACAUUGAACACGUCCAAGAAAGAGCUACGUCUCCAGUGUGUCUAUCCUCCGGACCCGUCCAUUAGAAUGAGGUGGUUCAAGGAUGGCGUCGACAUUCGGAACUAUCCGAAAAGAAACAAGUAUAACGUCGACCCGGUCGACCAGUCGUUGAUAAUACGCAAUCCUUCGUACGACGAUGUCGAUAAUUAUACGUGUCACGCCGUCGGGACAACCGAGAGGGCCGUGAUUCUCGUCGGAAUCGGGGUGGAGAUUCGGAAAGCAACGUCGCACACUGCGGCCUUCAUCGAAGGCAGGAAAGUGUCUCUCACUUGCAAGGCUUCUGGCGUCCCUCUGCCUUCAGUCCGGUGGUUCAAGAACAACACGGUCCUAUCUGUCUUACAGAUACCUAGGUUUAGCUAUAAUUCUUCUCCCGGUGGCUUCAGAGACACAUUAGUGAUAAGCAACCUGCGUAAGGCGGACGCCGGUAAAUACGCAUGCGUCGCUGACAAUGGUCACAGUCAAGCCAUCGAGCGUCUUGGAGUGGAAGUGAAGGGCAAGUACGAUGCAAUGCUGCCGUUUCUUAUCGUAUUAGUUGAAGUCAUAGCGCUUCUUCUGGUUUCUUUUCGCGUACGAAAAAAGAUGACGGAGAAGUUUGUCGAGAGAGAGCAACCCGGACCAUGGAGCGGAGGUUAUAUAAUGCCAAGCGAAGACAGCUACCCGCAGACUGGCCCAGUUGUGCAAACUGUUGUAGAUGUACAGCAGGCUGUUGAAGGCCCUAAGCAAACUGCUGAAGAAACUCAUGUUCAAAUGCAAACACAUGCAGCAGAUGAGACACAAUUGGACGAAAAAGGUGCAAAACAGCAAAAUGCUGAAAAGAAAGCGGACGAAAGUCAACGAGCUGGGGACGAGAAGCACGGAAUAACUGAAAUACAAGGAGCGGCGGCUGAGCCCGUUGGAACAAAGUCACACAUGGUUCAAAACUUGAGGGAAGAUGCAAGAGAUAAGGCGAUGACUGACGUGGAUGAAAAAUGUAUGGUGACUUCCGAAGAUGCGGAGCAAGCCAAGGCCAGAGACGAUGGUCCCGAGCCUAGGAGUAAGCCUUCUACUUCUGAAGUUGAUGGUGUGCUUCAGCGAAGGCACGGCAAAUCAGAACUUAGGCGUAGCAAGGGGAAAAAAUCUGGCAUCGCUCUCCAGCCAGAAAUGCCACUGGAAGACGCAAGGGCUAUUGAAUCGACGGUAACUCCAAGAGGAGGUGAACAAGCAGGAGCGACAAGCCCUACAUUCUCUCCUGUUCUCCAAGAGGAAGCUAAAAAGCGUAAAGGCCAUGAGGGCAUACCAGGUGGUGCCGUUGAUGUAGGAUCGCCGCAAACUUUUAAGUUUCAAUUUAAAAGAAAUAUCGACAACGAAGGGAAGGGAACGCAGGAAGUCCUGAGACAUAUUUCAGUGACCUUGAGUUCAGAGUCAUUGUCACGUGAACCGUCGACAAGUAGAGGAGUUCAGUCCGAGAAAGAUGCUGAGGAAAGUGAGACGUCCCGACGACAUCUAUCCCUGACACUCGUUAAAGGCCCUCUAAUGGAGCAGGUGAAAGGGUCAUGCUCCUUCGACGAGAAACGCAGGUUACCUCCCCUUAGCAAAGCAAGAACAAGCAAAAGAAACAUCCUAGGAGACGACACAGAUUCGACUACCUCACAUUCGUCGACACAUUCAUGUGAUUUACAAGCAGUUAAACGCUUCAGACAAGUAUUACUCCCAAAUGUGGGAGGAGCAAGACACGAAGAACUGAAGCCUAAAAAACGUAGCACGAAACCCGCGUGUUCGAGGACAUUUGUGGCGGUACCACAUAAACUGCUUCAUCCUGAAGAAGACGUGAGGCAGCAUAUGUUUCCGAAGUUAGUAAACGUUCGGGAACAAAAGUCGGGAACAGCGAGGCAAGCAUCCACGCCGACGUGUUCAAAGGUACUGAAGGUGUCUCCACACAAGCACGUUGAGCCAGAGGUGAGGUUGGAACAUCAUCCGGAAUUACAAGAACCGCUCGCUCUAAGAUCUAAAGGUGCAGGACGCGUUUCACAACCAACGUGCUCGAAAAAACCGUUGCUGAAACCACAGAAAAGAUUUCCGUCUCAAGAAGCGACGAUGGAGGACAGCGACAUGUUCGCGUCUGGAGUGGAACGUCCGACCGUAACGGAGCGUCCGCGGCGUAGUACUUCUAGGGCUAGGAAACAAAAGAGCUUGAAAUCUUCGACGGCAUCCGAAGAAGUACCCAGCAUUUUGUUGAAAAGGAAAGGCGAUAAGCGCGGAGUACGAAAGAAUGUUAACAUUAUCGAACCAAGAAAAUGAAUACUAAUCACAUAUAUUAAACUGCUCAAGCUGAGAAGACACAUUCGCAAUCCAAAUAAAAUAUAUGAGGACUCUAUACCAGUA